UUUUCAAACAGCACAUAGGGGCAUUGCAGACGGCACAUUUUGAAGCUGCAUGAAGGACUCUCCUAAAUGAGCAGUUUAUUGUAAAUAUGUGUGAGAAUAAAGACAAGGGGACCGAAGUAAUAGCUGAAGAGGAACAUCACAGCCAGCAUGAGCUGAGAGUGAUUGUACUUGGUGGUAAACAAUCUGGCAAGACGUCUUUGAUCAACAGAGUGCUCAGGGACUUUUCACCCAGGGAAAUAGCAGUUGAGAGAAGAAAAGGUGUGGUCAAUGACAGGUCAGUUGUCAUGGUAGACACCAUUGGAUGGUGGAGGAACUACAAGUUGAUUGACACGGCGAAGUUCAUUACGCUGAAACUUCAGCAGAGCUUGUCUCAGUGUCCACCAGAACCGCAUGCCUUCAUCUUGACCAUCAGGGUUGAUAUGAUAUUCGAUGAAGAAAAUAGGAGAUCUGUAGAGGAACACAUGGGGCUUUUUGGGGAGAAUAUUUGGGAACACACCAUAGUGGUUUUCACCAAAGGAGAAUCUCUGGAGGGUAAAAGCAUAAAGCAGCACACUGAGAGUGAGGGGGAGGCUCUGAAGUGGGUAUUAGAGAAAUGUGGGAAUAGAUACUGUGUCUAUGACAACGGAAACAGUGAGGAUAACCAGGUCACAAAACUACUGGGCGAGAUAGAGAAUGUUAUUAAGAUUAACAGAGGUGGGUACUUUAAGCUUGAUGACAAAUAUUUAUUGGAGGUUGAAAAGAGGGCAAGACUUGUGAAAGAAAAAGCAAAUGGCAGACUCAAGAGGAGGAUGGAAAAAAGAGAACAACUGAAAGAAGAAGCCAAGAUUCAGUCCCUACCAGAAAUCAGGAUGCUUCUAGUGGGGUGGAUAAGCUCCAGAAAAACUUCAGCAAAAAAUACCAUUCUAAACAGAGAGGAGAGUUUCACCAGGAGGACCAUGGCAGCUGAGAUACAAACUGGAGAAGUGGCAGGACAAAAGGUCUCUGUGGUGGACACUCCUAGCUGGUGGAAGUACUUCCCUGCCCACUACACUCCUGGAUGGGUGAAAACGGAACUCCAAAAAAGUCUGAGCCUAGGCUCUAAAGCUCCCCAUGCCAUACUCAUUGCAGUUCCAGCAGACACAACCUUCCUUGAGGAACAGAGGAAGAUUACUGAAGACAACAUGAAGAUGUUUGGUGAUCAUAUCUGGAGACACACCAUCGUGUUGUUCACUUGUGGAGAUCGGCUGCGAGACAUGAGUAUUGAGGAGCACAUUGAGUGUGAAGGAGAACCACUACAGUGGCUCAUUGAGAAAUGUGGGAACAGAUAUCACAUCUUUGACAAUGUCAACAGAGGAGACGGGUCCCAGGUUACAGAGCUGCUGGAGAGGAUCAGGGAGAUGAUAGCAGGAAACAGCUCCUAUACUGACACCCAGAACACAGAGGUGAGGGAAACAUCAGAACCAGAAGGGUUGGGUGUAGAGAUGGGAAUGCUGUUAGAUAAAGAGUGGAAUGCAAUGGACAAAAUAAUGGAGGAGAAGAUUAAAGAACUAUGGACACAACUGCUUGGAAAAGGAAACCAGAGCAUGGAUGCUGUUGUGAAAUUUAAGGAAAAUGAGUCUUCAGAAAACCAAACAAAUGAAAAACCACCAGAAAGUCCUAACACUUCAGCCCCUGGGGAGGGGACUUCUAAAUCAGAGGCUGGAGACAAAACAUAUCUAUCAGAAGAGGACCAACAUCACCUCUUAAGACAGACCAGUGAGGUGCACUCUGAACUUAUGGAGAAAAUUAAGGAGACCCUUAAUCGAGAAUUUAGCAGACGAGAGAUAUUUUACAUGGAAAGAGCUUCUGGACUAAUCCAGGAGAUGAGCACAUCAUAUGAGGCUGGAGACAAAAAACAUCUAUCAGGGGAAGACCUACAUCACCUCUCAAGGCAGACCACUGAGAUGCACUCUGAUCUUCAGGAGAAAAUUAAGGAGACUCUUAAUCGAGAAUUCAGCAGACGAAAGACAGUUUUCAUGGAAAGAGCUUCUGGAAUAUUCCAGAUGAGCACAUCUCACGAUAUGACAUCAGAACCUGAUGAGCAAGAAUUUCAACAAGCAAGAAAAAAAGUGUGCAGGUGGCUUUUAAGCUCCUCUGGAUUUGGAUCCGAAGUGGAAGAUGAGGACAUCAGAUGUUUAGAGUGACAAGCAUGGUUGCUAUUGGAAAUCAAUUGUUUAAAGUAACACUGGAAUUCCCCUUUUCUUCAAUUCCCAACAUUUUCCCAGUUCAUCUAAACCCAACAAAAAGGGUCAUGUUCCUACUUGCCUACUUGCGACAACAAUAUCACAAAGUACAAUACCGGGUGUUCCAAGCUGUUAGAAUCUACACUACAGCAUAACCUGUCAGGGAACAUGAGACUCAGCAUCAUCUCCCAGAUGGGGUCUUAUCAGGAUAAAAAACAAAGGUCCAUGCUGCUGUGGCCUUAUCCAGGGUCAGGAAGCAAACUGAGGUGUAAAUGACAUCAAUCAAUUGUAAUAUGGACAUGGGGGUAGACCAUUAAGAACCACCCAGGUACAUAUACCUUCUAUAAGUGAUAUUUUUUUACGUUUUAGAGCCUAAAAAUGUCAUGUUAGUGGCAUAAUGUGCACUUAUUGCAAUGGAAUACAUAUACAUGUUUACAUUUUGUGAUUUAUUACGAGAAAAGAAAAAUGUAUCAUUAUUUUUAAAUCCCUCUAUAGAGACUAUUGGGAAACUGUUGCUGUUUGAGGAUCAACUACCAGAUAUUACCACUUUACCACAACCAUUGGUGGAUACUGUGUUGUGUUGCUACCAUGGUUUUACCCUAUUAUUACCAUGAAACUACCCUCUUAUUACCGAUCUGUAUAUGAAGUGCUACCCACAAAUUCAUUCAGUCAUUACUGUUCAAUAAAAAAAGAGACAUUGGCCUUAUCCUUUGACCUUGACAUUAAAAUGUAUUUUGAAAUGUCUGUAUACUUUCGACUUCCUGUAUGUAACGAUUUAUAUUUAUUUUACAUUGCACCGUUUUAUGCAGGUUUAGUAAUGUUGCACAAUAAAUUGAAAGACAUUUUGAUGUAUCUUAA